AUUUCUAAUUUUUCUAACAGCUUCACCCAUUUUAAGUGACGUAAUCCGCCUUUCAAAUUAAAAAUUCAUAUUAUAGUUAACGCCGUGACGUCACUUGUCAGAUGAUUUAUGGAAGUAGAUUAAUUUUCUUAUAAGUCGCUUUAAAAAUUUUCCUAAAUAUAGAAACAUAAUAUAAUAUUCAUAUAAAAAGUAUUUUAAAAUUAUUUUUCUUAAAUAAGUUACCCGACGACGCAUGCGUAAUAGAUGAAAGAAGCAGACGAUAGUUUUUUUUCUUGAUGACGUCUGCUUUUAAUCUCGUUCUUUUUAUUUUAUUUUUUAUUUUUGUCCGUCUUCGACCGAAAACUGGAUUUAUCCGCUCAUUUUUCUUCUCGUUUAUCAAAAGGAUGUCAUUAAUAUUUAAAAUCAGCGAUUUGGGACACGCCUCGAAGAGAGUUGAGUCACGAAAGUCUUCUUAUCGGAGAAUUAUCCAUUGUCGAUUUGUGACGGAAAUACUCCCCGAGAUAGAAGAGUAUUCGUUAUUAUACGGGAAUUUUUAUUCAUUUAUUAAUAAUAAUACGAAAUUCACAUUUGAAAAUGAUCUUCCUGUUGAUUGAUGCCGUACGAUUAGAUAAAGAAGUCUUCAUAAUGCAUUGUUUGAUUUGAAAAUAAAAAGUAAAGGCUAUGAAUGAGAUUAUUUUAGUUACUUUUUACAUAUUGGUGGUCAUUACAAACUGUCAAGAAUUCGUAUCAGAAUCGUGUAGUGAAUCAGUAGAUCACGUAGAUGUGCUUCCAGAUGCCGACGUCAUUAUUGGAGUAAUUCUAAACGUUCAUCACCCUGGUCAAGGUGUUUAUGGAUGUGGCCAAAUAAAUCCAGAAGGACUGGCCAUAUUUGAAGCAAUGAAAUGGUCUGUUUCUAUACUUAAUCAAAAUUCCGGUUUAGUAAAUGGUUUUCAAGUUUAUGAAUCUUUCAUACCCGGAAUUAAGAUAGGAUUGAGAGUCUAUGACAGUUGUAGUCAUCAAGAUUUAGCCGUUCAACAAUUGACAAGUCUUUUCCCAAUAUUAAAAUCGGGACCUAAUUCUUGCAGUUUUGUAUCAAAUAUCACCAUUCCUAUUUUAGGAGUAAUUGAUGAAGCAAACUCACUGAAGAGGAUUGAAUUAGUUGAGUCCAUCCAGGAAUAUCAUUUAAUUCAUCAACCUCUCCAAUAUUCUUAUCUCUCAGCAGAUUAUUUGGCACAGGCUAUGAAUGAGAUUAUUUUAGUUACUUUUUACAUAUUGGUGGUCAUUACAAACUGUCAAGAAUUCGUAUCAGAAUCGUGUAGUGAAUCAGUAGAUCACGUAGAUGUGCUUCCAGAUGCCGACGUCAUUAUUGGAGUAAUUCUAAACGUUCAUCACCCUGGUCAAGGUGUUUAUGGAUGUGGCCAAAUAAAUCCAGAAGGACUGGCCAUAUUUGAAGCAAUGAAAUGGUCUGUUUCUAUACUUAAUCAAAAUUCCGGUUUAGUAAAUGGUUUUCAAGUUUAUGAAUCUUUCAUACCCGGAAUUAAGAUAGGAUUGAGAGUCUAUGACAGUUGUAGUCAUCAAGAUUUAGCCGUUCAACAAUUGACAAGUCUUUUCCCAAUAUUAAAAUCGGGACCUAAUUCUUGCAGUUUUGUAUCAAAUAUCACCAUUCCUAUUUUAGGAGUAAUUGAUGAAGCAAACUCACUGAAGAGGAUUGAAUUAGUUGAGUCCAUCCAGGAAUAUCAUUUAAUUCAUCAACCUCUCCAAUAUUCUUAUCUCUCAGCAGAUUAUUUGGCACAGGUAUUGGCACGAAUGGCUGAAUUUCUGCAAUGGGAACGAAUUGCCAUUUUGUACGAAAAUAAUGACUACAGUGUCAGGAUUAUGAGAAAACUAAGCAAUCAGAUGUGUGUGAAAUCGGUAACGGUUUUGCCCGAGGAAGUGAAACUAUUCAAAAAGAUACUUGUCUAUCAUGCAAGCAGAAUGAAAGCUCAUACAGGUAUUAUUGUAAUUGCUCAGGGAAAAGCAUUGGAAUUUCUUUUGCAUACUAUGACUGAAAUGAUAGAUGCAACAUCUCGAAUGCAAUGGCUAUUUUCAUCGCUACCCCCAAUUAAUAAUUUAAUAAAAUUGGCAGAACUAAUGAAUAAUACUAGAGUUUAUUCAGUGGCACCGCAUCCAUCUGAAAUUAAAGAAUUGGAAGAUUAUUGGUCUCGUUUGAAAGAUCCUGCGCAAGAAUUCAACAAUAGAGACGAUAUAUGGUUUCAGGAAUAUUUAAUGCAGCGCAAAGGAUGCCGAAAUUGCAACAAUAUCGCAGUUCAUGAUACCGAAUCAGAAGUAUUAUAUCGUACUUCUCGAGUUUUAUCUGCUAUUAAUAAUAUUUUUUCAUUUGCUCAUGGAUUAAGAUCUGUGUGGAUUGAUAAAUGUAAUUCUACUGCCGGAUUUUGUGAAAUGAUUCAUCAUACAAGUAGAGAAGAAUUUUUUUCUAACUAUUUAAACAAAUUAGAAUUUCAACAUAGUGUCAUCGAUCGGAGUCCUUCAGGACUGGAUGGACGUAAAAGUGGAAGUAUUCCGUUUGGAAAACUAGAAAAUUGUAAAUUAUCUCUUAAUAGAUAUAUUGUCAAGAAUGAAAAUAAAUACGAACAAGUCUUUUAUCAAAAGAUUGCUUUGUAUCAAGAUGAUGACGUUAUUAACUACGAUACUGAUUUUCGUACUAUAUCAUCCACAUGUUCAAAAUUAGGAUGUGGACAUUGCACUAGGAAUCGUCAGUCAAGAAUUGAUGAGUCAACUGAUCCUGAAAUUACUAAUAUUCUUACUUUGGGUGAAGCUGAAGAUAUCUUUAUUGCUGUGUUGUUACCACUUCAUCAACCGGGAAGUAACGCAUUGGAUUGUAGUACUAAUAUUAAACCGGAAACCGUGGAAGAAUUAGAAGCAGUUCUUUGGAGUAUUAAUCUGAUCAACUCUAAUAUCACGUAUCUUCCAGGAAUAGACCUUGGAGUGGUAGUGAUAGAUACUUGUUCUUCUCCUCUUCGAUUAACUCAUCAAUUGGUUACCUACUUAUCUGAUAAAACAGAUGUCAAUGCUAAAGUCAAAUUGGAAUCUGUAAUCGGAGUUAUCUCCAUAGGAGAAACAAAAGAAUUAGAAGCUGCCUCAAUGGUUUUAUCAUCACUCAAUAUCACUUCUGUUACUCCAGAUGCAAGAGGUGAAAAGAGAGAUGUUUAUGACCUUCAAGUAAGAUUUUCACAUUAUACAUAUUAUUUUCAAGUUGAGCGUUACAAACUGAUGAAUCGUCAGUCAAGAAUUGAUGAGUCAACUGAUCCUGAAAUUACUAAUAUUCUUACUUUGGGUGAAGCUGAAGAUAUCUUUAUUGCUGUGUUGUUACCACUUCAUCAACCGGGAAGUAACGCAUUGGAUUGUAGUACUAAUAUUAAACCGGAAACCGUGGAAGAAUUAGAAGCAGUUCUUUGGAGUAUUAAUCUGAUCAACUCUAAUAUCACGUAUCUUCCAGGAAUAGACCUUGGAGUGGUAGUGAUAGAUACUUGUUCUUCUCCUCUUCGAUUAACUCAUCAAUUGGUUACCUACUUAUCUGAUAAAACAGAUGUCAAUGCUAAAGUCAAAUUGGAAUCUGUAAUCGGAGUUAUCUCCAUAGGAGAAACAAAAGAAUUAGAAGCUGCCUCAAUGGUUUUAUCAUCACUCAAUAUCACUUCUGUUACUCCAGAUGCAAGAGGUGAAAAGAGAGAUGUUUAUGACCUUCAAAUAACUCUAGAUGUAACAUCAAUGGCAAGAGCUGUAGCCGAAGUUUUUCAUCAUCUUGGUUGGAAUUACAUAAUUGUUAUUUAUGACGAAGAGCAUUCGAAAAGUUUUAUAGCUUUUAAAGAUGAGAGUAAUCGAAAUGGAAUUUGUUUUGCUUUAGAAUAUAAAGUUGGAGACGUUGAUUUACAAAUUAAAUUGCAAAAAGCUCAUCUACAAGGUGCACAAGUCGUAAUUUUAUGGACGAGUAGUUCUUCGGCAAAAAUUAUAUUUGACUUAGCUGAAAAUUCGACAGAAUUUGUUUGGAUUGGUGCAGGUUCUUGGACUGAGCAGUCACAAAAUAAUAUGUUAGUAAAAUACGAGAAAAUGCUAUCCGAUAGAAGUUUUAUUUUUCGAGUUAAGGAAAGUAAUAUUGAACAGUUUUCGUCAUAUUUCGAACAUUUAACACCGGAAAACAGCAAAAAUCCAUGGCUACGUGACUAUUGGAAUUUGAAGAAUUGUUCAAACUUUGGUUGCAAUAAACCUAAGAAUACUGUUGUAAAUGUGAUUCGAGCAAUUUCUUCUUUAACUUCAGGCUUAGCACUUUUAAGAUCAGAAGCGUGUAGAACUGAACGUGGUUUAUGUCCAACACUUUUACAACACCGUCAACUUCGACAACUAUUAAAUUUAUACAUUCGGAGGCAAACUACUAGAAUCGACGAUCCUCAUGACGUUUUUGGAUUCAAAGGCGAUGGAUCAGGAGACCUACCGAUAGAAAUAUAUAAAAUACAAAGAAUGAAAUCAAACUGGCCAUAUUUUCAAAAAGUAGGUGUAUAUCAAAAUGGAUUGAAGAGUCUUGCAGGAAUGGUAAUUGAUCAAGAAAAAACUGUGAUUUCAGAAUGUAUUUCUCAAUGUUCUUUAUGUCCAGGAAAACGAUCCGAUUAUGUUGUUACAGAAAGUAAUGCUGAUGUAUACAUAGCAGCUAGUCUUACUGUCCACGAAUCUUCAAAAAAUCCUUUAGAAUGCGGAAAGUUAACUAAUGUGCAACAAGUAGAAGCAUUUCUUUGGGCUUUGGAUCAAGUUAAUAAUAAUAAAGAAUUAUUAUCUGAUAUCAAACUUGGCAGUAUAAUUAUGGAUACAUGUGGAAGUCGUGAAAAGACAUCACGUGAUGUGGCAAAUAUAUUUAGUCAAUAUCCUGAUCGAUUCAACCUUCCUGAAUCAAAUAAAGUGAUUGGUUUUGUGAUAGGACAAUCAUCUAAUCUCAUACAACCAGUUACUGAUGUAACAAUGUCAUUAGUUAUCCCUACAGUAGCUCCUAAUGCAAUUAGUUCAACUUAUGAAGAUCCUGAAACUUAUCCUUAUCUUAUUCGCACAGGUGUAACAAAUAGCAUUCUUUCCCGUUGUCUCCUGGAAAUUUUAAAUUAUUUUGAAUGGAAUUACGUUUCUAUUGUGUAUAGCGACGAUCCGUGGAAGGAAGAAGAUUUAUAUAUUAAUUUUAAAGAAAUGGCUGGAAAAAAUAAUAUUAAAAUAGCAACAGAGAAUAAACUUCAUCUCAGUUCUACUACUACAAAUGUGGAUAAUGUCAUUCACCGUUUAGUUGCUAAAUCGAGAGAUGGUUCCAGAAUUGUAAUACUCAUAUUGAAUGAAGAACAUAUAGAUUUGAUGAUGAAACGAGCUGAUUAUUGGCUUCAAGAAGAAUUUUAUAAAAAGGGAGAUAUAAUUUGGUUAGCAAUAAAUCAUGUAGAUAUUUUAAAUAAAUACGCUGCUGCUGAUGGGGCUUUGAGCGUUACAUGGUUACCACCGCUUUUAGAAGAAUUUUUGAAAUAUUUUCAAAAUCUGGAUAUUUCUAACAAUAGCAGAAACCCAUGGUUUCGAGAAUAUUGGGCAUCAAUGUACAACUGUAGAGGAGCCGCUUGUUACAGUGGAUUAAAAGAAACAUCUGUGAAAGAUACACUUUAUCAAGAUCCGUUAGUUCCUGCAAUCAUUCAAUCAGUAUUUAUAUUUGCUCGAGGAUUGAGUGCUCUGAAGAAAACAAUUUGUCACGGAAGACCUGAUAAAUCAUGUUUAAAUACUAUUGAUGCUAAUAUUCGUGGAAUUUUGUAUACUUUUUGUGAACUGGAAGCAGUUUCGAAAAAUACCUCUGUAUAUAAAACACAAAAUAUCAGGAUAGUCCAUUUUCAAAGAUACAAUGGCAGCACUUUAAGUAUAGUUGAUGUUGGAGUAUUCAAAGAAAAUGGUGGAUUAAUGAUGAACAAAGAAAAAAUGUAUUAUGGAGAUAGAGCAAUAGACUUUGAUGCAGUUUCUUCCGUUUAUGCUAAUAAAUUAGAUUCUACAAUAUCCGUAAAAUCAAAACGACAACAAUUUAUGGAAACAUCAUCUGAAAAUUCCUGGAUCAUACAAUUUCUAUUACCAAUUCAUUCUCCUGGACCAAAUCUUUUUAGUUGUGGUGAUAUCAAUGAUUGGUCUUAUCAAAUAGUCAUAGGAAUGGAACAUUUUCUCAAUGAAUAUAAUAAAGAUCUGGAAUCAUGGCAGAGAAUUGGAUCUCUUGUCUUUGACACCUGUGGUCGUCAGCAAAGAGCUCAAGAACAAGUUUUCAAUUUAUAUGCAUCCGAAAAUAGUGUUAUGUCUGAAUCUGUGGUUGCAGCUAUUACUUUUGAGGAGGAAUUGGCUAAAGAAGUAGCUAUAGUUUUGGAAACAAUGGAAAUACCUCAAAUAGUCAUACCUACAUCUUUCAUUACAUCCUUCGAUGCUCCUCAUCUGACUUAUAGAACAUUACCCGAUGAUCACGGGCAUGCCUCCGUACUUUCAUCACUUAUUUUAAAUUACGGAUGGGAAGGCAUUUAUGUUAUGUAUAGCGCAAGCCAAAAAGGACGAAAACUUUAUUCCGACUUUGAAAAUUUAGCUGGAGGGAAGUGUAUUGCAAAUUCACUGAUUCUUCAUCCAGGAAAUAAUGGUGAUGAUAUUGCUAGUCAAAUGAAGUCGAUGUUAAGUGAUCAAAAUAUUAAAGUUGUAAUCUUAAUGCUAGAUGAUAUUUAUUUAACAAGAAAUGUUAUAUGGGCAGCUCGAAAAAUCAACAUUUUAAGACAAAUGAUUUGGAUUGAAACUGAAGGUUGGGCAGAUAAUCAAAUGAUUGAAGAACUUUUACCGAAAAACGCCAACUUUAUGACUGUUCGUCUAGAAAAUCCCCAAAUACCUGGCUUUAAUAAAUUCCUAACUACUUUUUCACCAUCUAAAAAAGGAAGUAUACCAGAAGAUUGGUUCCGAGAUAUCUGGCAAAGUAUUUUUAAAUGCAAUUUAAACAGUACAGGUACAACAUCAAAAACAUAUUCAAAACAAUGCAGCGGCAAAGAAAAGAUUCGUGAUAAUAUUAAACAAAGUAAAUAUAUUUUUCAAAUAUAUCAAUCAAUUUCCGUCAUUACUCGUAGUUUGAAACGUUUGUUUCAAAAUAAUUGUAACCAAUCUCAAGGAAUUAAACAAUUAAACGACUGUGUGAUUGAUGCCCGCUCAAAAUUGGCUCGACAUAUUCAAAAGGAAUUAGAAACUAUCAUCAAUUAUGACAUUAUGAUUUUGAAGAAAGUUGCAGGAAAUGGACAUUACGUUUAUGAGAAAGUUGGUGAUUGGAAAAAUGGAAAUCUUACCAUAUUGUCAGACUUAAUUCAAUUUCGAAGAUGUAUUAGUAAUUGUUCCGGUUGCAGUUUGAAGAAAAACGGAAGUUCGAUUACUUCAAAUUCUAUUAUAUUUUUAGAACGUCAACCUUUAUUGACAUCUAUUAAAACUGUUCCCAAUAUUGUAUUUAUAGCUCUUUCUUCUUUGGGUAUAGUUCUUGUCGCAAUAUGUGCUCUCUAUUUUUUAGCUGCUUUUCCUGUUGCUGUUGGCACUACUAUUCUCGGAUAUACAAUUUUAGUCGGACUCUUAUUACUUUAUGCUUCUAAUUUUGUAUUUAUAAUUGAACCCUUACCAGUACUUUGUGGAUUAAGAAGAUUUGUGAUGGGUUUUUCAUAUUCGAUCAUAUAUGCUGGAAUGCUAGUAAAAGUUAUGAAUACUUGGAGAAUGAUGGGAUAUCAUGGUAAUGGAAUGAUGGAAGAUAAUUCUAGAUUACCUGGAUCAGGAGGUUUACUAGUAAUAGCUUUAGGACUUGUUACGAUUCAAGUAAUUCUUAUGGCAUCAUGGUUAGUAUUGAUGCCUCCUAAAAUUACCGUGUUUGAUGGAAAAUGGAAAUGUGAACCGGUAAUGACAUUUGAGUACGAAUUGCUCGUAUCACAUACAUAUGUUUUUCUAUUAUUAUUCGUUACCAUUGUUUUUGGUUUUGUUACGUGGAGGAGUACUGAUAACCUCGGUGAAGCACGUUGGAUCUUAAGCGCUUGUCUCGUUUCUGGUGUCAUUUGGAUAGCUUGGCCUAUAACCACUCUAUAUUUUCCUAUAAAAUAUAGGGAUCACAUAGUGGUUAGUGCCAAUCUUUUAUCUGCUAGUCUUAUCAUGAUAUGUUUAUAUCUGAGGAAAGUUUAUAUUUACGGAAAAUUGAGUCGUCAAGCGCGUGAUCAAGAGAUCAAAGCAAGAUUACAUCCCAAUGAACAGAUGAAACCCACGUAUGGUACGUCACUUAGCCAAAGAGAAACAGUAACGAGAGGCAUACAAGUAAGGAGGAUGGAUUCGGGUGAAGAUGGAAUAGUACAAGUACAAGCCGCUGAUCUGUAUCCUCUUGACAUGUAUGACGGAAGUUGUCACUUUUUGGGAAGGAGAUCGAUACAACGGAGACGUUAAAUUUCUCUUAUAUCAUCCAAAAAAUAGUCAUCAUAAUACUCAGGCUGUAUUUAUUGCCCUUACAGCAAAUUUAAUAGAUUUAUUCGCGUGAAUAUUUUGUUUAGACACGCUUCAAUGUACAUAUUCUUAACUAUA